ACAUUAAGCAGUUGAGUCUAAGCCGAAGAGCCGGCAUUGCCCGUAGACAUCUCCUAGGUCAUGUGGCCAGCAUGACUGCAUGGGGUGCUGUUACCUUCCCACCAGAGCGGUACCUAUUGAUCUACUCACAUUUAGAUAUUUUCAAUCUGCUAAGUUGGCAGAAGAUGGGGCUAACAGCAGGAGCUCACCCAGUUCCUUUGUUGAGAACCACUGUUCUGGCCCUUCCAGUUUUUCUUGCUUCGCGAAUCCUUUGACUACUUACCUUAUUUGGCUGGCAUGAUAAUAUAAUUUAAUAUCUGGGAGACCUAACCCUCCUUCUUUUUGUGGUUUGUACAAUUUAGCUUUAUUUAUAUAUCCACAGAAUGCCACUCCCUCUCACUUUGGAGGAUUCAUAAGUCUUUUCAUCGUUUGAGGUUCCUUUUAUUUUCAGUUUAUGUCAUUUUUCUUUCGAUUGAUGUGUUUCCUUUAGAAAAAUUGUGUCACCUUUAGAUUUAAGAAAAAUUGUGUCACCUUUAGAUUUAAGAAUCUGAUUGGCAAUCAUUUUCUGUUUAUAGCAGGAGCCUUCACCUAAUCCGCCAUUUUGCUUGAAUUGUUGUAUUUAUCUGUUAGUCCCUGUAAGACACAGCACCAUAUUGUGCCACAUUGUCUCCCCCUAAUAAUAAUAACAACAACAACAACAACUUUAUUUUUGUAUCCCACCAUCUCCCUGAAGGGACGGCGCCUCCUUCUCCUGGCUCAGGUGAGCGGCCGGGCGGCAAAUAGGAGGCUGGCGAGGAGGGAGCCGGGCACUUUUCCCUCAGCGCAUCUGCUGGUGGUGAAGCAUGAGGACCUCUUCGCCCUCCCUCAAGUGCGGCCUUGUAACUUCAGGGAGGCGCCCGCUUUCAUUCAAUCACAAGGACUGCAAAUGGUGACGGCUGCCCCUCAGCAACACCCGCCUCCCUCCUUCCCUCCCUCACCCGAGUAUAAACCAAGGGGGGCUUUUCGGCAUUAAAAACGUGCUGAAAAAGCCGGCUUAUACUUUAUAUACGGAAUUUGUUUGUAGUUCUAUCGUUACCAUUAGAAACCUUCCUUCCAUAUCUGUCUUAACCAUGUGAGGGUGCCAGAGUUUGGGGAGAUAGAAUACCAGGCUAUUUCUUUUGGAAGAUCCCUCUGAUGCCAGUUCUUCUCCCGGUCGUUUUUGUUUUCAGCCUUACAGAAUCAAAGGGUAACAUUUCAGGCCAUCUGGAGACUCCUUGAAGGCUUCUUCCAAAAGGCAUCCAGGGAAGACCUUUUCUCUCCAUGGCUUCCAGUUUUCUUAAGAUUUCCUUGAGCCUAGCUAGUUCUUCUUCUGUUGCUGAAAGUCUUCCCCUGGAUGGAGGAAAAAGAAGGAAAGGGGGAAGUGGGCAAAGGGGAAAGGAGUUGGCAGGACUUUGUGGCUGGAGCGGUGCCUGUCUUUGCAUCUCAUCAUGGGCUCUACCGAGGGAAUGCAUGGCCUGGAUGGAACGUAGUUCAGCAUGGACUCAUUUUGUGAAGAUCCCAACAAACUUCAAUUUGGUUUUGAAAUUAGCCAGUUGGAAAUGCAGGUCCUUGUGAGUUUGGAAGAUUCAUUUGGGAAAUGUGGCCGGAGUGACCCUUUGAGAUGCUGAGGAAACAGAGUUGGGAGUCCCUGUGGCAUGAAAGAUAACGACACAACCAAUAAAGAAAUCCUUGUUCCUUUGAGCAUUUAGCACAAUUCUGGUAAUUACCAUGAUCCAGAAUAUGUUACACCCUUGAAUGUUGGGAGGAGUUCUGCCUGCCUGCCUUCUGUUCCUUUAACCACGUUUGGGUCUGACCCAAUGAAAUGGCUGUGGCCCUCCAAUAUGGGGGAAAGGGUUCAGUUCCCUCCUUCCGUGAUUCCUUCCUUAUCUUAUCCCUUCCUUCUGUGUUUCCUCGCUUCCAUCUUUCCUUUCUUCUUUCCUUUUUCGCUUUGUUUGCCUUGAGCCAGAGGUAUGCGGAAAAAGGAUUCCUCUCAAGGGGCUGAUCCUGCAGAAUUCCUACAUUCACUUUGGAUUAUAGAGUACAACCAUAGAGUCGGAAGAGACUGCAUGAGGCACCCAGUCCAGGCCUCUGCCGUGCAGGGAAAGCGCAAAGUACCCUGGACAGAUGAGCAUGUGGUCUCUUUAAAGGAUUCCAAAGGAACCUCCACUACUUUUUGAGGCAGAGAGUUCCACCGCUGAACAACUCUUACAGUCAGGAAGUUCUUCUUAAUGUUCAGAUGGAAUCUACUUUCCUGUAAUUUGAACCCACUACUGUGAGUAAUCAGAAAGGGAAAAACAAGAAUCAAGUGUCCAUUUUGGAAUUAAAUGUACAUAGCACUGUUGACAUGGAGGAGAAAGUAUAUAAAUGUAUCGAAUGUGGAAAGAGGUUUGGUCAGCAUGGAAACCUGAAGACACAUCAAAGGACUCACACUGGGGAGAAACCCUAUAACUGCCUGGAGUGUGGACAGAGCUUCACUGAGAAGGGACACUUACAAAGACAUCAAAGGACUCACACUGGGGAGAAACCCUUUAAAUGCCUGGAGUGUGGACAGAGCUUUUCUGCUAGUUCAACUAUACGUAAACAUCAAAGGACUCACACUGGGGAGAAACCCUAUAACUGCCUGGAGUGUGGACAGAGCUUCACUGAGAAGGGACACUUACAAAGACAUCAAAGGACUCACACUGGGGAGAAACCCUUUAAAUGCCUGGAGUGUGGACAGAGCUUUUCUGCUAGUUCAACUAUACGUAAACAUCAAAGGACCCACACUGGGGAGAAACCCUAUAACUGCCAGGAGUGUGGACAGAGCUUUGCUCGGAGUUCAGGUCUACAUUCACAUCAAAAGACUCUCACUGGGGAGAAACCCUAUAACUGCCUGGAGUGUGGACAGAGCUUCACUCAGAAGGGACACUUACAAAGACAUCAAAGGACUCACACUGGGGAGAAACCCUAUAACUGCCUGGAGUGUGGACAGAGCUUUGCUAAGAGUGGAGAUCUACGUUCACAUCAAAGAACUCAUACUGGGGAGAAACCCUAUAAAUGCCUGGAGUGUGGACAGAGCUUUGCUAAGAGUGGAGAUCUAUGUUCACAUCAAAGAACUCAUACUGGGGAGAAACCCUAUAAAUGCCUGGAGUGUGGACAGAGCUUUGCUCGUAGUUCACAUCUAAGAACCCAUCAAAGGACUCACACUGGGGAGAAACCCUAUAAGUGCCUGGAGUGUGGACAGAGCUUUGCUAAGAGUGGAGAUCUAUGUUCACAUCAAAGAACUCAUACUGGGGAGAAACCCUAUAAAUGCCUGGAAUGUGGACAGAGCUUCACUCAGAGUUCAGAUCUACAUAAACAUCAAAUGACCCACACUGGGGAGAAACCCUAUAAAUGCCUGGAGUGUGGACAGAGCUUUACUCAGAGUUCAGGUCUACGUUUACAUCAAAGGACUCAUACUGGAGAGAAACCCUAUAAAUGCCUGGAAUGUGGCCAGAGCUUCUCUCGUAGUGGAAAUCUACGUAGACAUCAAAGGACUCACACUGGGGAGAAACCGUAGAAAUGCAUGGAGUGUGGACAGAGCUUUUCACGGAAUAACAUUACACAUAGACAUCAUACAAUUCACCCUGGAGAGAAUAGUGUUAAUUGACCCCAGAGUGUCAUUCUAACAUGUACAAAAGCAACUCUUGCAUAUU